UUCAAGGAGAAGCUUAGUUGGAUGCUGCAAUGUGCCAAGGUAUGUACAUAUGUUAAUGAUCGUUAGAAUUCGCAUAUGUAUUACAUAUGUUAGAAUUCGCAAUUUUCUCACAUUUUGUGUAGGGUAUGGAAUACUUGAAUAGCAUAAACAUAGUUCACCGGGAUCUGAAGACGCAGAAUUUGUUACUUUUCAAUAAAUACUGUAAAUUGAAAAUAUGCGAUUUUGGUACAGUAAAAGAAUUGGCUACAUUGAAUACCGAACUUGUGGGGACAAUUUCUUAUAUGGCUCCAGAAGUUUGUAUCUCAAAAGGCAAAUACACAGAAAAGUGUGAUAUAUUUAGUUUUGGAAUAAUUCUUUGGGAAGUAAUGUCAAGAAAGAAGCCAUUUUACGAACUUAACGACAUCAAUAUAUUUGCAAUCCAACAAAAAGUUGUGAAUGGUGCUCGGCCAAAUAUAAAUGAUGCGAUUUUUUGCGAUAAGCUCGAUUACAUUGGACCAAUAAUUGAAAACUGCUGGGAUAACGUUCCAGAAAAUAGACCGCUGAUCAAAGAACUUUGUGAUCUUCUCCCAAUUUAUCUUUUUUUUCCUCUAAAAUGCAAAAUCGUAAACUUCGACGACAUUCUACUAGUUGAAAUUAUUGGAUCUGGAAGCUAUGGUGUUGUCCACAGAGCAAAUUGGAAACCCUCCCAAGAUGAAGAGAAAUUAGUUGCCCUAAAAAUGUUGCACGGACGUAGUGAAGAUUCAAUAACAAAAAAAAUUAAAUACUCAGUGGAGAUCCUUCGAGAAAUUCAGGAUAUACAAAAAUAUAAUCACAUUAUAUGGGAUCUGUAA